GGACAACCCUGCUACCUCACCGCACCUCUCGUCAACGCAGCACGCCUGAAUGCCGACCAAGACGUCGCCCGCCUCGCUCCGUGCCAGGCAAUCCUGCAGCACACGGCGUGUGGUCUGAACCCACGGUGGCAGCUGCCGUGCUUCGGGCCACUCCUCCGUGCUGUUCUCGGACGGCACGCCCCACCUGAGGACAGACUUUUUCGGACCUUUGCGGGGGCAUUCAUGAUCGUGCGCUCCGCAGCGAUUACGCGCCUGCCGCUCGACGUCUAUUGGUACUUACUGGCGGAGCACUUUGGCGCCGGUUGUGCCCUGCGCGUGCCGUGGGCGAUGGAGCGGCUUUGGCGACACCUCUUCAUGUGCCGUGAAUGCACACCGCACCAGAAGCUCGAGCUGCCUGUCUUGCGGGACCGGCGAUGCCGCGGGGUCAAUGGCUCCCGCGCGGCGCGGACCGGCCCGCCCGACUAUGUGGCCUUCCCGCCGGAGCCACUUGCGGGGUUCGCCUGGGCUAUCUAACCCGAACCCGAACCCGAACCCGAACCCGAACCCGAACCCGAACCCGAGCCCGAUUCCGAGCCCGAUUCCGAGCCCGAGCCCGAGCCCGAGCCCGAGCCCGAGCCCGGCGACGGGUACAUCUCCAAGCUGGAGCUGCGCUGCACGCUGGGGGACGAGUACGAGAUGAUCGCCUCGAGCGGCGGCGAGAACAGCUGCAUCACCUUCGAGCAGUUCAAGGCGAUGAUGCUCAAGGACAAAGGCUUUCUCCUUGACGAACCGGAAUCGGGUCUCGACCGGCAACCUCUCCGCACUCCCCACUUCGCGAAAGACGAAAUCGGCAAAGGCCUGAGGCGCCGUCGCAUCCGACAGGGGCGAGUGCGCUGCUGCCCCGCGCGCCUUACUUACCGUUACCCGCGCCGCUCCUCUUCUCCCCUUCUCGACACAUGCACACAUGCUGUGUUGGCGGCCCCCUCGGGCGGAGCGACGCAUGAAAUGUUCUUACUCGACCAACGCC